GGGACCCUCCCCAGAGAGCAGAUCAUCAGAGUCAGACUCUAGGGGAUGCUGAGUUGAGGGGCCAGAGCAAGGAGUGGGGCCACCUCAUCACGUCAGCCAUAAGCUCCGAACCGUUGCCGCUGCUUUGCACCAAAUUAAUGAAAUUAGGAAGUAACUGAAGAAAAAAUUGAGGGGAAGUAGAUGAGAGAAAACAAAAAAGGAUAAUUUAGAAGAAGAGAAGGUAGGUUGCCUCUGUGCUCAGUUCAAGUCUCUGGAAGGCAGCUGGCAUUUGCUGAGAACCAGGGAGACAAGCCAGGCAGGCAGGACAUGCAGCUGCUCCCGGUUGUGAUCCUUCUCGUCGUCCAAGGCCACUUCUCCACCUGCGUGCAGAGAACGGUGAGAGGCACGGCAAUGGGCACACUGACUGUGCACUGUACAUAUGGGCGGGGUUGGGAAUCCUACAAGAAAUGGUGGUGUCGUGGGUACGAGUGGGGUUCCUGCAAAAUCCUUGUUAAAAGCACCGGGUCAGAGCAACUGGUGAAGAAGGGCCGAGCAUCCAUUCAGGACAAUCACAGCCGGCGCAUAUUCACCGUGACAUUGGAGGAUCUCUGGUAUGACGAUGCAGACACCUACUGGUGUGGGAUUGAGAAAGCUGGCAAUGACCUGGGGUACAAAGUAUACGUGGAUGUUGACCCAG